AACCAAGCUGGUCAAUUAGGCUUCGAGAUGAAAGGAGGAAUGUGCAGAGCCAGGCUGCGGGGGAUUUGGGCUGAUCCUGCAAACAGCAGGCUCAGGCUUUCGUCACUUCGGGCAGUUAAGAGUUCUCCAGAUUGGGGCUGCUUGGUAAGGAUGACUUCAGGUGAGCUCAGAACCCCCCAGGCAACCUCAGGCACCCUAUAAAAGGAGCAGGAGCCUGCACUCAUCCCAUCUCCCUCACCUGCAGACUCUCCUACAUCAGGACCACUCUCACCCCCGCACGGAAAUGUCCUGCUACGACCUGUGCCCCACCACCAGCAAUGGCAUCGCCUGCCCCCAGCCCAUCGCCAACAGCUGCAACGAGCCCUGCGUGCGGCAGUGCCCUGACUCCACCGCCCUGAUCCAGCCGCCCCCGGUCGUGGUCACCUUCCCCGGGCCCAUCCUCAGCUCCUUCCCCCAGCAGGCCGUGGUGGGCUCCGCCGGCGCCCCUGCCGUUGGGAGCUCCCCGGGGCUGGGAGGCAUCUACGGCUCUGGGAGCCUGUACGGGUACGGAGCCUCCCUGGGCUACGGAGCCCAAUACGGCUACGGCAGCUCCGCGCUGGGCAGCGGCUCCUGCACCCCCUACGGCCCGCGGCGCUUCGGCCGCAUCCUCCGCGGCAGCUGCGGCCCCUGCUAAGGGCUGCAGGGAGCUCUCCCAGGAGCGUACAGCACCGAGAAGCGCAGAGCAAUGAGGAUGGGGGCUGAGCUUUCCUGCAGCCCCGCGAUGGAGCUGCUGCCUCCCAGCGUCUCGGAUCUCUCUCUCUGGUCUUCCCCCUUUGGCUCUUGGUUCGUCGCUGGCUCUUUGCUGCCUGCUGCAGCUUCCCAGUGCUGUUUAAGCACCGUGGUCAGCGUAUUUCCACAUGGACACCACUCACCACAGGGAUCCAGCAGUGGAUUUUACUUCAGGCAUCCUCACCAGAAGCUGCACAACCGACAGAGAUCAGCUGAGGACAGCAACGACUCCAAGCAGGACAUUUGCUGAACGUUCUGGGGUUGGACUGGGUGACCUCCAAAGGUCCCUCCCAACCCAUUCUGUGAUCCCCUAAAGCUCUCUGCAAAGAGAUUUUCCAGGUUCUGUGCUUUCUUGCUUUGCAAACCUCAGCAUUUCUUGCUCAUUAAAAUGUAGUUGCAUCACA